GUUUGUCGACCACCCUUGCGACCAACUUGCGACCACCACCGACAAGUUCCAUCCCUCUCGAGUGGCACGAAUGCCAUGAGUGCCGGUAAAGCGAGCGGCAUCUGUGCCAUUGACAAGAGUUCCAUCCACCAUAUCACCUCCGGCCAAGUUGUCAUUGACCUACAAACCGCCGUCAAGGAGUUAGUCGAAAACAGUCUCGAUGCUGGGGCAACGACGCUUGACAUCCGCUUUAAGAAUUACGGCCUGAAUUCGAUUGAGUUGGUGGACAAUGGGAGUGGGAUCGAGGAAGGCGACUGGGAUGCGAUAGGCCUGAAGCACCAUACUUCGAAACUCGCUACUCUCGCGGACCUUGACACUGUACAAACAUUCGGCUUCCGUGGAGAAGCCCUUUCCUCCCUUUGCGCGUUGUGCGAGUCAGUCACUGUUUCCACGACCACGACGCCGCCUAUGGGGACCACCAUUGAUCUCGACUCCACCGGGAAAGUCAAGAGUAAGAGCAAAACCGCCAGACAACGUGGAACAACAGUAACACUGAACAGACUCUUCUCCCCGCUCCCCGUUAGACGGAAAGAGCUAGAAAGACACGCGAAGCGAGAGUUUGGGAAGGCUGUUGCGCUCCUGCAUGCAUAUGCUCUGGGCCCUUGUGCACGAAAGGGCGUCAAGAUGGCGGUAAGCAACCAGCCAGACAAAGGGCGCGUAUUCCAGAAAUCUACACAAUUCCGGACGACUGGGACUCAAAGCAUUCGCGAUGCUGUAACAGCAGUAUGGGGGACGCGAGCGUUGGACAACGUUGUGGAUCUCGACAUUACAUUCACCAUUGAGCGCGACAAGCAUGCAGUCAAACGUCUCUCCACCAAGACCUCAACCGCAUCCCAAACCCCAAUCCAGGCGUCAUUACGUGGACUUGUUUCUGCUUUUGCGCCUGGCUCUGGACGUCCAGGGCCCGACCGACAAAUCUUCUACGUCAACGGCCGACCAUGCUUCCUCCCCAAAGUUCAAAAGACCAUAACGGAGGUCUACCGAACGUUUAACGCUCCCGGCAUGCAAGCUCCCAUGGUGAUUGCCGAUUUGGUGCUACCAACAGACGCUUAUGAUGUCAAUGUGUCCCCCGACAAACGAACGAUAUACGUUCACCAUGAAAUCGGGCUCGUUGAAGCGCUCAAGGCGGCUCUGGAGGCAGCUUUUGCCCCGAGUCGAUCUACAUUUGGCGUUUCGUCAACCCAAAGUAAUACUGCGGAAGCCCGGGCACCAAAUAGAACCAGAACUCAGCCGAAAAGUGAGGGGCAAAGCCACAACAAGCCAAUUCUGUUGGAUAAUGAAGAAGAUGGCGAUGAGGAGGGGGAUGAAGACAAAGAAGAGCGUCCAGGCUUACUGCACCAUAUCGAGGGUGGCGCCAAGGCUUCCCGGGUAAAAGCCAGCCAAGCCACGACCAACCAUAGUCCUUUCCUCAAGCCCAUCUCGACUGUAGCUUUUUCGGCGCGUAAUACGAAAACGACAACAAAGACUUCGACAUCUUCGAAAGGCACCGGAACCUCCUUGCAAACGAAACUGCCAUUUGCAUCUACCACCGUCAAAACGAGUGCUUCGAGUUGGACAUCGCAGGUUAUGGCCUCGCCUCCAGCGGCAGAUGAACAAGGAGCGCUUCAAACUCCUCCUCCUGCAACAGUCUCCCCACGAGUGAGCUCCCCGGAUUCUCGACCCGAGGGCAAUGAAUCGAUCGCCUCGUUGCAGAUGGACACUUCCAAAACAACUUGGGGCCGGACAUUGGGUCUAGAGAGUAGGAUGAAGCGGAGAGAAGGCUCCCUAUUGGGGUCGGAAGAAAAGGAUAAAAGUGACCUCGAGAGGCCUUUGAAGCGACAAAAGUCGGAAUUUUCUGAUUCUUACGAUGAUUUGGGUCCCGAAGAACGACAGGAGAUGGGGCUUGACCCCGAGGCUGAUGCCGAAGAGACAGCCUCUUCCAUAGCACCACAUUCUCCCCUUCCGAAACAGACCACUAUGUCGUUGAGCCAGCAGCCGAGAACGCCUUCUGCAACGCGAAACGGACCGCAACAGCAGCUGAGGACGAUGCUCGCUACCUCGGCUGGUUUUGGGGCGAGUCAACAGAAACGAGCGGUGUCAGAGGAAGGGGAGGAUGAACUUCAAUCUAGUGGGGAGGAAAAUGGAUAUGGACAGCAACAUAUGGAGGUCGACCAAUCUUCUCAGCUGAUUGAUUUGAGCAUGGAUAGCGACUCAAACGAUGACGAAGAAACGAUUCCAUUCAACCCAUCCACUCCUACCCUUGCUAGCGCACCAGUGCUCCCCCAGAAGUUGUCCGCGCGCUCGAAGAAGAUGGGACGGGGGAGAUAG